CUCCUCACCUCACUGCUGAAUGGCUGUUCAGUUACUCUCUCUCUCUCUGCUUCUGAGUGAACCCACUCUCUGGAUUAUCACUUAACUCGGAUGAACGAGUUAUUCAGGACAUAACUAACACACUUUAUUCUAGAUAAAGGGUUGCAGGUGUGUGUCAGAGCUCAGGAUGCAGUGUGGCUGGGUGCUCUGUGUCCUGUUAUUGGUUUUCUCUGGGAGGGGAAGAGGACAGAGCAGACGGAGAGGCAGACAGAAGGUUGAGAACCUGGUCGUCAAAAAUGAAGCAAAAACUCUGAUCUGCCCAGUGGAGGUGGCCUUCCUCGUGGACAGUUCUGAGACGGCUAUGGCACAGUUUGAGAAGCAGCGAGAGUUUGUGACACGUUUUGCUUUGCAACUGAUGCAGCUGGAUGUGGCCGGCUGGCGUCUGCGACUUCGUUUGGCCCUGAUGCAGUACAGCAGCACCGUCUCUGUGGAGCACAACUUCCGUGACUGGCAGGACGUGGAUGUCUUUCAGAGCAGGGUGGCUGCUAUGUCCUUCAUCGGGCAAGGCACCUACUCGGCAUAUGCCAUCUCCAACGCCACCCAGCUGUUCGCCAGGGAGACAGCAAGCAGCAGUGUGCGUAUUGUCCUGCUGUUUACAGACGGUGUAGACCACCCACGCAGCCCCAGUGCUUUGUCGGCGACAGCUGACUCCAAAAACCACAACAUCAGAGUGUUCGCCAUUGGGCUGUCCCCUCAGUCACGAGACGGCCAGAGGUUUGCCAGGCUGAGGUCCAUUGCCAGUGCCCCCGCGCAGCAACAUGUGUUCAACCUUGGGGACCCUGAGCUGGAUGAAAAACUCUUUACUGAGCUGAGAGCAGCUGCUAAUUUAGGGUGUCCCCAACCUAGAUCCUGUCUGUGUGACAAAGGAGAGAGGGGUCCAGCAGGAAACCAAGGAAAACCUGGCAAUCCAGGUCCUGUUGGACCUCCUGGGCCAAAAGGAUCCAAAGGGGAAUCUGGUUUGAAUGGACGACCGGGAAUGGAAGGUGUUGAGGGAAGACCAGGAGCUACAGGGGAAAAGGGCGAGAGAGGAGAAUGUGGCGUCAUGGGGAUGAAAGGAGAUCAAGGAGUAGAUGGACCACCAGGACCUCGUGGACCUCCAGGAGAGCAGGGUUCUGUUGGUAGCCCUGGUGACACUGGACCAGAGGGUCCAGCUGGACCUAAGGGUGACCGUGGACCGACUGGAGCUACUGGGCCACAAGGGGAUGUAGGAACUGGAUUUCCUGGCCCAAAGGGAGAUAAAGGGAAUCAGGGCAGACCCGGUCCAGUUGGCCUAGUUGGUGUCGGAGAGCCUGGACUACCUGGUCCACCAGGACCACCAGGAGUGCAGGGAAACCAAGGCUUUCCAGGUGAGGGGGUACCAGGACCCAAGGGGGACAGAGGUUAUGAAGGUCCAAAGGGUGUACCCGGACCCUCAGGGUUAGGCAUAAAGGGUGAAAAGGGAAACACUGGAGCUCCAGGUUUGCCAGGACCAGUGGGAUUUCCUGGAGCUGGGAUCCAGGGAGAAAAGGGUGACCAAGGACCAGUUGGCCCACAAGGCCCCAGAGGAACUCCUGGUGUGGGCGUUGUGGGACCAAAGGGGGACCAGGGCUUUCCUGGUGAACACGGACAACCAGGAGAAAGAGGAGUGGGAGAACCUGGCCCAAAAGGUGAGCCAGGACCAGAUGGCGCUCCUGGAAUUCCUGGUAUCCCAGGAGAAGAUGGAUCUGUAGGGCCAAAGGGUGAGAUGGGGUUACCUGGGGUAAAAGGUGCUCCUGGUGGACCAGGAAUAGGACUUCCAGGGGAAAAGGGUGAUAGGGGUGACCGUGGAGUUCGAGGUUUCCCUGGAUCUACUGGACCUGUAGGACCAUCAGGUGCUAAAGGAGAGCCCGGUAGUCUGGGUAUGACAGGGAUGCCUGGCCCUCCUGGUCGUGGAUUGCCUGGUUCAAAGGGUGAACUAGGUCCCAUUGGUCAACCAGGUCCAGUAGGAGAGCCUGGCAUUGGAAUUGCGGGGCCUAAGGGUAACAGAGGACCACCUGGGCCAACUGGGCCACAAGGGAUAAAGGGAGAGGGCUUCCCUGGGGUUCAGGGACCUCCAGGGUUGAGAGGACCACCAGGGGAAAUGGGCCCAGAAGGCAAAGGAAUACCAGGACCUAAGGGAGAGAGAGGAAUACCUGGGGUUUCUGGCCCUCCCGGAUCACCUGGAAUAGGUCUUUUUGGACCAAAGGGUGCGACUGGCCAGCAAGGCCCUCCAGGUCCAUCAGGUGCACCUGGAGAGGGCAUUCAAGGGCCAAAGGGGGAGCCAGGAUUUCAAGGAUCACCAGGCCCAAGAGGACCCCCGGGAGACGGCCUCCCUGGAGAGAAGGGUGACAGAGGUCUGUCGGGUGAACGUGGGAGAAAAGGAGACAGAGGGGAUUUUGGGCCAUCUGGACAAACAGGACCAGCGGGGGAACCUGGAGAGAAAGGGGACCCAGGUCUCUCAAGAGAAGAAGUGAUCAAAAUAAUCAGGGAAAUCUGUGGCUGCGGUCUGAAGUGCAGGGAGAGUCCCUUGGAGCUGGUGUUUGUGAUUGACAGCUCGGAGAGCGUGGGCCCAGAGAACUUCGAGGUUGUGAAAGACUUUGUAAACUCGCUGGUUGACCGUGUAUCUGUGAGCAGAGAGGUUACCCGGGUAGGGGUGGUGGUGUACAGCUACAUAGACAUGGUGGUGGUCGACCUGCUGCAGCUGUUUGACCAGGCCAGAGUAAAGGCCGCAGUGAGAAACAUGCCCUACCUGGGAGAGGGCACGUUCACGGGCAGUGCCAUCCGCCGUGCCACAGGCCUCUUCCAGGCCUCCCGUCCAGGGGUCAAGAGGGUUGCUGUGGUUUUGACAGAUGGACUGGCAGACAGACGAGAUAGAGUGCCGCUGGGCGAAGCUGUAGAAGAGGCGCACGCUGCCGACAUAGAGAUAUUCGUUAUUGGAGUGAUGAAUCGUGGUGACCCACGGUACCAGCAGUUUGAGAACGAGAUGAACUACAUGGCGUCAUAUCCAAAUGAGGAGCACGUCCACCUGAUCAAUGACUUUAUCAGCCUGUCCACCUUGGAAAGUAAGUUACUAAGUCAUAUCUGUGAACAUGGUGAUGGAGGGUUAUUUGGUCCAGAUCGGAAUGGUCUAUUCCCACUUAGCCCUGAGCCCACACUAGAGAGUCCAGAGACAUCUACUUAUGAUAAUAACUUCCACACAGCUGGCACAGAGCCUGAAUUCCCACUGAAGCCCAAGACUCCCUCUCCUCCUCGGGGAGACGAUGGCAGUGCUGAUAAUGAAAUUGAAAAUGGCAGAAGUUUGGUGUUUUUUGAGGGGCCAGCAAGCGAGCUCCAUGAGCUCGCAGCAGCAUCAUCAAGGAGCAGAGCCAAUCUACAGUCACCUGCCGUUUCUGUGAUGGGUCCGAGUGAACAUACCCCCAGUAACUGGAUGCAUGACCUGGAGAGAAGCUCCCCUCCACAGCUUCCACCACCCCCCCGACAGCCAGACAGCUUUAUACCAGGCGCAAACUGUAGGCAGCGAUUAGACCCUGGGCCAUGCAGGAACUACGAGAUAUACUGGUACUACGACCCAGAAGCCAAUGCCUGCGCCCAGUUCUGGUAUGGUGGUUGCCAGGGCAACAGCAACCGCUUCGAAUCACAUGACAGCUGCAAGAAGACUUGUGUACGAACAUAACCGAACAUUCGCCACGCUCCAGGUGUCUCGUUCUUUACGAGUCAUCAUUUUCAGUGCAGCAGUUUUUGUGGAUACUUUUAGGUUAUAUUGACUUGAAUGCACUGUACACAUAUGUGAACUAUUUAAUUUCUUUUUUCUCGUCUGAGAGGGAAAUAACAAGGCCAGCAUUAGCCACCAGGUUAAAAAUAUGGUUUAAAUGACUAACAAGGCUUAGACUUCACAUUUCUAGAAGUUUGCUUCUUACACUUUUUAUAAAAAUAAAAUCUUUCAUUUUUA